UUGGGUUCAGAUAAGGGGCCCCUGAAUUGCUGCCAUUUAUGGCCUGAUUGCUCCUCCGUGAAGCUGCUAUCCCCAAGGACAUCUGGGAGGAGGCCCCACAAGAUCUUGCUCAAGAAGUCAGUUCCUGACCACCCAAGGCCUGGGGUGCCCACAGGUGCCCCCUUCAUGUAGUUCUAGGAAUGCCAGCAGGAAAAGAUCCUGGUACCACUCUGCUGGCUAGCUGAUAGGCUGGCUGCAUUGUCCAUCUGUUCUCAGUCCCAGCCUGAUAUCUCUCAGUGGUCAGCCAACAAGGAAGGAUCAUGUUACCCACAACCCUUAAGACCCUGUGGCUGCACACUAACUGCCUGUGUCUUAUUCACUCAGGAUCUCUGACCUCAUAUGUGUCUUAGUCCCUGGGCCAUUCACACCCCCUGAGCCUAAGUCUCUGUACCAAUACAAUCUCACUGAACAGAACAGUGGGUAGGGACAAGCUUAAUCCCUGCUCUAAGAAGUCGCAAUGCACAGUGUGCCAUUAUAGUGGGUACUAGGGAAACUCAGGGCUGGGGAAUCCCUUACCACAUACUUGGGCCAGCCUUUAUUAGCUCAUGACGUCCCUGUAGACUGCGAGUAGACAUUACUGCGAUACCCUUGUAGAGGCCAGCAGACAGGCUCAGGUGAGACAAGCCCCAAGGUCACACUAAAAUGAGUCAUACGCAGAGCCUAGCUCCAUGUGACAAGCUCUUCAAAACUCCAACAUCCCUCCUGCCUCAGCUGUGGGAAAAUGAGCUUGUGUGUUCAUCCAGACUUUCCUAUCGUGGACCACCUAGCACAUGUCUGCUCAGGACAGGUUUUGAAGGCGAACAGGAGGCUAAAGAUGGAGCUCGGUUGGUUGGAGUGCUUGCCUAGUAUACACAAAAUCCCCAUGUCCAAUCUGGAGUACUGCAUGAACUAAGUGUGGCAAAGACAUCUUUAAUCUUAGUACUUGAGAGGUGGAGGCAGGAGGAUCAGAAGUUAUCCCCAUAGUAAGUUCAGGGCAACCACAUGAGACCUUGUCACAUACGCACACGCGUGUGCACACACACACCAGAAUAUUGGCAGGAUGACACAGCUUGAGUUGCAGGUGGUAUCCUGAUGUGGGACUCGUUCUGGUCCACAGAGGCAGGCUGUUGAUGCUGAACUUGUCCUGCUCUGAUCCCCUGAGCACAGAGUGGAGGAAGCCAUGUGCAGCCACUGAGUUGACUGCCCUGACAUCCUUGGCCUGUACCAGGGCGGGGCCGAAGGCCCAAUCCAAGAAUCUUAGAGCCUUGCAAGUGGGGUCCCCAGCCUCUUCACAUUCCAAUAGAAACUUGCAGUGGGAAGGGCAGGGCAGGGCUGGGUGGAUGCACAGGAUGCCCAUGACCUGACCUUUGGUCAGAAAGAGCCAAGCAGGGGCCCCCUUCUAGAGAUACUUUUACAGCCGGAUGCUCGGCCUGUCAUCAUUGGAUGGGACCCAGCCGAGGGGCUGCAGGUAUAAAGGAACUGAGCCCUUUCCAGUGAGAGCUAAGUCAGCCUGUGAGGCCACUGUAGACUGAAAACUGAGUAAAGGCUCCUCUAGGCUACAUAGCCUCACUACCACUGGGACAUCCUCCCUCCAGCCUGGCCAUGCACCUGCCUCGCCACCUCCUUUCAACCUUGGCCCUGUUUAUGGGUAAGUAAACUGCUGCCUGGACACCAGUUGGUGUCACGGCAGAUACAGGAACUUGUCAGAAGCAGUUGUCUACAAUGGGGGCAUCCAAGACAAGCCAGCUGGGCUGGACAUUGCCCCUGUAAGUCUUAUCUCCUUGUCCUAGAGGAGAGGCCACGGGCCAUCAUAGGUGACCAUCUACCCAGCUCUCUGAGAGCCUUUGCCUGCCACUUUCCCAUUGUGGAACAUGUGGAAGUUCCUUGGCCAUCUUCAGUGUGUCUUUGUUUUGGUUUGGUUUGUUUUUGUUUUUUGAGACAGGGUUUCUCUGUGUUACAGUCCUAGCUAUUCUGGAACAAACUCUUGUAGACCAGGCCUGCCUCUGCCUCCCAAGUGCUGAGAUUAAAGGCAUGCGCCACCACCACCCAGCUCGGUAUAUCUUCUUGGGGAGCGGGGGAGACCCUACUUACUGGAAGCACUUCCAAUUCCUAGUCAUGUGGGCUCCUGUGCCUUCCAUAUGGGGUGUUUCUUGUUAAGAGCCCUUCCCCCUCCCUGGCAUACAGGGGCUCUGUGGGACUUGGAAGGGGAAUGCAUUUUGUUUGCUUUUGAUGUAGAGACACAGUGACAGUUCUUGGUAGAUGCCAGGUUCUUCUCUAUGUGAUCUCAUAGGGCUUAACCCUGAAGUCAGUCAGGUCUGGGGUUUCUCUGUACAUAGAAUUUAUACUGCUCAAAAUGGCCACUCAUGACUGGCAAGAUGGCUCAGAAGGUAAAGGCAUUUGCUGUCAAGCCUGAUGGCGUUUGUUCAGUCCCUGGGCCCCACAUGGUAGAAGGAAAUAAAUGGCUCCCACCUCAGUUGUCCUCUGACCUCCACACCUGUUGCACAGCACAUAUAUGUACACACAUACAUACAUAUGUGUGUGUGUGUGUGUGUGUGUGUUUAAAAACUAAAAGCAGCCAGUCCCCUUGCCCUCCCCUCACAUGGCUCUUACUCUGCCAGCUGCACAGUCCUUAGGCAAGUCCUGGGUCCCCAGCCACUGCAGAAGUCCCAUCGAAGCUGUAUGCAACUUUGUGUGUGACUGUGGAGACUGUUCAGACGAAGCCCAAUGUGGUUUCCACGGUGCCUCGACCUCCCCGAGUACCCCUUUCGCCUGCAGCUUCGAGCAGGACCCCUGUGGCUGGCAGGAUAUCAGCACCUCUGGCUACAGCUGGCUUCGAGACCGGGCAGGGGCAGUGCUGGAUGGUCCCGGGCCUCAUUCUGACCACACACAUGGCACUGACUUGGGCUGGUACAUGGCUGUGGGAACCCACCAUGGGAAGGAGGCGGCCACUGCCACUCUGCGCUCCCCUGUCAUGCGUGAGGCAGCCCCUACCUGUGAACUGAGGCUCUGGUACCACACAGCUUCUCAAGAUGCUGCUGAGCUGCGACUGGAGCUGAUUCAUGGUGUGGAGACACUGACCCUGUGGCAGAGCUCGGGACCCUGGGGUCCUGGUUGGCAGCGGCUGGUAGUGAACACUGGUCGUAUCCAGGGUGACUUCAAAGUGACAUUUUCUGCCACCCGAAAUGCGACACACAGGGGUGCCGUGGCCUUGGAUGAUGUGGAGUUCCGGGACUGUGGGCUGCCUGUCCCUCAGGCCAGCUGCCCCCUGGGACAGCACCACUGCCAGAACAAGGCUUGUGUGGAGCCCCACCAGCUCUGUGACGGCGAAGACAACUGUGGGGACAGAUCUGACGAAGACCUGCUCAUCUGCAGCCACCACAUGGCCACUGACUUUGAGACGGGCCUGGGACCAUGGAACCAGUUGGAGAGCUGGACCCGGAACUGCAGUGCUGGCAGCAGGGUGAGCCCUGCCUGGCCCCACCGAGAUCACAGCCGGAACAGUGCAUAUGGGUUCUUCCUAGUCUCUGUGGCCAAGCCUGGCACCACUGCUGUCCUCUUUAGCCCUGAGUUCCAAGCCUCAGUCCCCUACAACUGCUCGCUCACCUUCUAUUACUACCUGCAUGGGUCUGAGGCCAGCCGCUUCCAGCUGUUCCUGCAGGCACAGGGGCUCAACACCACCCAGACUCCUGUCCUCCUGCGGAGCCAUCAUGGAGAGCUGGGGACAGCCUGGGUCAGAGACCGGGUUGACAUUCAGAGUGCCCACCCAUUCCGAAUCCUUCUAGCUGGGGAGACUGGUCCAGGAGGCAUUGUGGGUCUGGAUGACCUCAUCAUGUCCAACUACUGCAGACUUGCUCCCAGUGAUAUGCCCAAGGCCCUCCCCUGGCCUGCCCAGGCAUCCAUCAGGCUGCCCCAGAAAGCCUGCGAGCCAGGGCAUCUCUCCUGUGGAGAGCUGUGUGUGCCCCCGGAGCAGCUCUGUGAUUUCCAGCAGCAGUGCGCCGAGGGCGAGGAUGAGCAGGAGUGUGGCACCACAGACUUUGAGUCCGCCUCUGCCGGGGGCUGGAAGGACAUCAGUGUAGGAAAGCUGCAGUGGCAACGGGUUGAAGUCCAGAACAGAAAGCCUGCCAGGGAUGCCAGCUGGGAUGUUCCUGGGCACUUCCUGUCUCUGCAGAAGGCCUGGGGGCAGCUAAGAUCUGAGGCCCGGGCUCUCACACCUGCCCUGGGCCCCUCUGGUCCUCGCUGUGAACUCCACAUGGCUUACCGUUUUCACAGUCAUCCCCAAGGUUUCUUGGCACUGGUUGUGGUAGAAAAUGGCUUCCGGGAGCUGGUGUGGCAGGCCCCAAGCAGCAGCAGCGGGGGAUGGACGGUGGAGAAGGUUCUUCUUGGGGCACGCCAUCGACCAUUCCAGCUGGAGUUCGUCGGUCUGGUGGACUUGGAUGGCCCUGGCCAGCAGAGGGCUGGGGUGGAUAAUGUGACCCUGAGAGACUGCGACCCCACGGUGACCACUGAGAGUGACCAAGAGGUCUCCUGUAACUUUGAACGGGACUCGUGCAGCUGGCACACGGGCCACCUCACAGAUGCUCACUGGCACCGUGUAAAAAGCCAUGGCUCUGAGUAUGACCACACCACUGGCCAAGGCUUCUUCAUGUUCCUGGAUCCCACAGACCCACCUGCUCGUGGACAAGGCGCUCUCUUGCUUACAAGACCCCAGGUGCCGCUUGCCCCCAAGGAAUGUCUCAGCUUCUGGUACCAUCUGUAUGGGCCCCAGAUUGGGACACUGCGCCUGGCCAUGAGGAAGGAUGGGGAGGAAGACACACUACUGUGGUCCAGGUUGGGCACCCAUGGCAACCGCUGGCACCAGGCUUGGGUCACUCUUCACCACCAGCUAGAGGCCAGAACCAAGUACCAGCUGCUGUUUGAAGGCCUCCGGGACGGGUACCGUGGCACAAUGGCCCUGGAUGACAUAGCUGUGCGGCCAGGCCCCUGCUGGGCCCCCAAGAGCUGUUCCUUUGAAGACUCUGACUGCGGCUUCUCUCCAGAGGGUUUAGGGCUGUGGAAGCGCCAGAGUAAUGCCUCAGGCCAUGCUCCUUGGGGUCCUUGGAUAGAUCAUACCACAGAAACAGCCCAAGGGAACUACAUGGUGGUGGACACCAGCCCAAAUGUACUGCCCAAGGGUCAUGUGGCCUCUCUGACCUCAGAGGAGCACCAGCCCCUGACCCAGCCUGCCUGCCUGACCUUCUGGUACCAUUUUAGCCUUCAUAACCCAGGCACCCUGAAGGUCCACGUGGAAGAGGGCACAAGGCGUCAGGAGCUCAGCAUCAGUGCCCAUGGUGGAUUUGCCUGGCGUCUGGGCAGUGUGAAUGUGCAGGCUGAGCGGGCCUGGAGGGUAGUGUUUGAGGCUGUUGCCGCAGGUGUGGAGCAUUCCUACAUGGCUCUGGAUGACCUUCUCCUCCGAGAUGGACCCUGUGCUCAGUCAGGAUCCUGUGACUUUGAAUCUGGCCUGUGUGGGUGGAGUCACCUGGCUUGGCCCAGCCUAGGUGGGUACAGCUGGGACUGGAGCAGUGGAGCCACCCCAUCGCGCUACCCCAGACCCAUAGUGGACCAUACCCUGGGUACAAAGGCAGGCCACUUUUCUUUCUUUGAAACCAGCGUGCUAGGUCCUGGGGGCCAAGCAGCCUGGCUGCGCAGUGAGCCACUGCCAGCAACCACAGCCUCCUGCCUCCACUUCUGGUACUACAUGGGCUUUCCUGAGCAUUUCUAUAAGGGCGAGUUGAGAGUGCUUCUGAGCAGUGCCCGAGGCCAGCUAGCUGUGUGGAGGCAGGGAGGGCACUUGCGGCACCAGUGGAUACGAGCCCAGAUCCAAGUGUCCAGCUCGGAGGAGUUCCAGAUUGUUUUUGAAGCCACUCUGGGUGGCCAGCCAGCUCUGGGGCCCAUUGCCCUGGAUGAUGUGGAGUACUUGGCAGGACAGCACUGCCAGCAGCCUGCGCCUAGCCAGGGUGAAAUGGCAGCAGCUGUGUCUGUACCCGUUGCUGUUGGAGGGGCCCUUCUCUUCUUCGUGUUCCUGGUGCUCCUGGGCCUUGGGGGUUGGCGCUGGCUACAGAAGCAGCGCUCCUCCUUUCAGAGGAGUACGGAUACAGCAAAUUCUGGUUUUGACAAUAUCCUCUUCAAUGCGGAUCAAGUUACCCUCCCAGAAUCCAUCACCAGCAGCUCACCAAUCAGACAAGGCCUGGCUCCUCGUGCCAACUCCCACAGCAUUCAGCCCUCAGAUGCCUGACCUCCUCCAUUUGGGCCUGGAUGUAGGGAUUGGGUCAUACUUAGCUUCUACAGCUCUUCCUCUGGUGUGGUCAGGGUAGACGGAUCCUAGGACUGUGAAUAAAUGUUCUUCACCAGUGAGGGCAACCCAA